AUGAAGGUUUUGAUUAACUAUUUGGAGAUAAGUUUGUUUUACUCCUAUCUAUUUAUAUUUCUAAUUUAUUUUGGUUUUAUUAUUGAGAAGUAUCUAAUAAACAAUUUUGUUGGAGACUUUAUCUAUUUUCAUUUUAAUUAAAUUAUAAGGAUAUUUACUAAGAUUAUUAUUGCUAUUGCUUUUGUUGAGAAAGAGGUUUAUUUAUUAAUCCAAUUUGUUAAUUUUCUUAAAAGUUAGACAAAUUUGAACUUUGUAAGACUCUCUUAUUAUUAAUUAACUCGGUAUCAGCAUUAAUUUACUAUUAAAUUUCAUUUUAAGAAGUGUCUAUUACAACAGACUAAGAUUAAAUAUUAGAAUUACCUAACAAACUCACUCUAUUUAUUAUUGCUUAUUUAGCUGCUGUACUAAAAAUCUAACUAUUAGAAGUUUGUACCUCUGAAUAUCUUGCAUUGUUAUUUGUUGGUACUGGAGAAAGAAAAUAUUAAUUUUAUUGAUUUGGCAUUUGAGAGUAAGAAACAUUAGCUCUUUUAGGCUAUUCGAAAAAUUCAAUAUCUUUAUCUUAGUUUUGCUAAUUAGGAGUUUUAAAUGCUGUAGGGCUAAUUACUUGAGUUUUAACUAAAUUAUUUUCUAGUUAAUCAGGAGAUUAUUAUUCAUUUAGAUUAAAAUUUGUGUUAGAUUAAAUUUAAUUAAUAUAUUCUUUACCACUUUAGUUUUAUUAAUUAGGUAAUUGUAAUGGUAUUCUUUACUAACUAUAUGAGCUCUGUUUAUUUUGAUAAAUUCCCUAAUUAAUUAAGCCACUAUGAUUAGGUAAAAUUUAAUUUUAAUAUUCUGCUUAUUGUUCUUAAAUUUAUGCAGUGCUUAUUAACUCAAAAGGACUUCUUUCAAUGCUAUUCUAAAGCAAGUGCUCAUUAUUUUAAUUUAUCAUGGGAUUAGCAGUAUUAGGUGCUUACUAAAGGAUAAUGUGAGGAUGUUGUUAUUUUUGAAUAUAGAUUUUCUUUUAGUUAUUGUUUUCUUCCAAGAAAUUUUAAGAACUUCUAUUUAUAUUAUCAAGUAGCUACUAGUUAGAUGUAUAUUAUACAAAGGAUUAGCUUCUUUGAGGAUGACUUCUAUUACUCUAUGCUUAUGAUGGCUGAAUGA